AUGCCACCACGCGCCAAGAGGACCCAGCAGUCCGCUGACUAUGACUCUGAUAUCGACGGGAUCUUCCAGGCUCAACAGCGAAUUCGUGAGUUGAAAAAGGAACAGAACGGUGAAAUACAAAAAGUCGUGGGCGAGACAGAGGCACAGCUCGAGAAGCUCCAGAAUCGAAUCCUCACCACGAUGGACGAGAAACACAAGCAAAGGCACGAUAGAUCGUGUGGCUCUUGGCAUCAGCAGCUAACAGCUCAAUACAGCGCGAAGAACCACGCCACAGAUAUUGCUAAACUUGCGGAAAGUGUCGAGAGGAGAGCCGAGAUUGAACGAGAAAUAAUCAGGUUUACAAAGGCCAUGUCGUCCAAGAUGCACGAGCUUGAGACCAUGAUGCUCGAAGCAUAUGAUCACAGGGUCAAGACUGCCAAGGAAUGCAUCGGCCAUGGUUGA